AUGUCCAUUGAGUUCUGCUACACCGUCGACUUUCUAGGGCAGCCAGACUCGCCAAAUCUCUUCUCACAACAGUUGCUCCAGAACAUUGAAGACAUAUCUGGGACCUCUCCAGUCCUUCGAAUUGGGGGAAACACGCAGGAUCUUGCACAGUACUGCGAGAACUGCCUGCAAGCGAUGAAUAGCACGUACAGGCCCGGAAGUACCGAGGCCAUCAAUGUUACCUUCAGCAAAUCUUUGUUCAAGAUAUUGAACGAGAAUGGACCUUCCAGCCAAGAGUAUGUCUUUGGACUUAACCUAGGACGAAACAACGUCGAGAUUGCCAAAGCAGAGCUCACAGGAGCUUUGGCAUACCUCAAUCAGUCAAAGCUCAUCGCUUAUGAGCUCGGAAAUGAGCCUGACCACUAUGUCUGGCCGAUCGUUAAUUACCGAUCUCCUGCAACUUGGGAUAUGCUUGCUUACGUCAAACAAACGAUGGAAUGGUUGUCGCAGCUGAGCGCAGGGCAAAGAUUUCAAUAUGGCUCUAUUGCAACGAGUCCAACCCUCGCCGGAGACUGGACGAUGGUCCAAGCUAUCAAACUGGGUAUUCAUCAGCUUGACACCGUGAAGAUCAUCUCGUCUCAUGCAUACCCGGGACAUGUCUGUACUUCGGAGUUUGCAGCGCUUGUCAAGCUCGAAAACUACGUCAACCACCUCAAUACCGUCCAGUACUUCAGCGCCUACAUUGGCGAAAUCGACGCUGCUAAGUCGGUAGGACUGACCUAUCACAUGGGUGAGACAAACAGUGCUGCAUGCCACGGCAAGGACGGGAUAUCUAACACGAUGGGCGCCCUAUUGUGGACAAUCGAUUACUCUCUCUAUCUAGCAUCCUUAGGGGCCGACAGGCUCUUCUUCCACAACGGCGUAGGAGACUUUUUCUAUUCUAUGUGGGAGCCUGUCGCGCUGAACGACUCAGCACCCGCACAUAUCAAUCCCCAGUACUACAGCAUGCUCCUACUUGCCGACGUAGUUGCAGACCUGGACUCCCCUCGCGUCUACCGCGCCUCCCAUCUGGACACCUACGAUCUCGCGCACUACGCCAUCUACGACGGUUUUGUGCUCCAGAAAUUGGUUCUUCUCAACAUGCACUACCACAAUAGUUCCACGGAGACGCGUCCGCUCAAGUCCAUCAAUGUCGCUCCUGUGCUUGGAAAGGAUAUCAAGAUGAAACGCCUCACUGCUCCUAAUUCAAUCGCCAAGACGGGCGUUACGUGGGGAAUGCAGGCCGUGGACGAGACCGGGAAAAUUGCAGGUGAAGAAGUUACAGAGACAAGAUCGGAUGGCGUGGUGAUUUUGUUUGCUUCUGAGGCUGUCAUUGUCGAAAAGAAUUCAUCUUAG